CUCGGUGGUGCGCCGCGUGCUGCGCAGGCGCAAGCCGCACGGCGCCGGAACCGGUGUCAUGGAUGGCGUCAACCGGGUGGCUAAACUUUACAGAUCUGUAAUUGAAGAUGUGAUUGAAGGAGUGAGGGAUCUCUUUGCUGAAGAAGGUGUAGAAGAACGAGUCUUAAAAGACUUGAAGCAGCUCUGGGAAACAAAGGUUUUGCAAUCUAAAGCCACAGAAGACUUCUUCAGAAAUAGUGUUCAUUCACCUCUAUUCACGCUUCAGUUGCCACACAGCUUGCACCAAACAUUGCAAUCAUCAGCAGCAUCGUUAGUUAUUCCUGCUGGUAGAACUCUUCCCAGUUUUGCUGCAGCAGAACUGGGCACCUCAAACUCCAGUGCAAGCUUUACUUUUCCUGGUUAUCCUAUUCAUGUACCGGUGGGUGUGACACAACAGACUGCAUCUGCUCGCCUUUAUAAAGUCAGUGUACCAUUUAUGGUGACACAGACUUCUGAAAAAGCAAGUAUUCUUCAGCAUCCAGUUCAGCAAGUAUUUCAGCUACUUGGGCAGCCGUCAAUAAUACAGACCAGCAUUCCACAAUUAAACCCAUGUUCUCUUCAAGCAACUACUGAAAAAUCACUGAGAAUGGAAACUGUGCUCCAGCAACCUAUAGUUCUUCCUUCUGAGACAGUGGAUAGGAAACAUGUAGAAAACCCUGCCAGUGAUAUUCUUGUAGCUCCUGGAAAUGAGCGUAAAAUCAUAUCUGAAGCUGUACUGAAUCAGCUGGUGAGCUCUCAGUACAUCAGCUUUCCAGGUGUUGUGUUUACUCCACAGGUCUCGCAAGCAGAUUCCACUGUGGAGCCAGUGCUCCGUGUUUCCGCUCGCAUGACUCAAAAUCUGCCUGGGCCCCUUCCCACUGGCCCUCAGGGAGCUCAGCGCCAGCACGUGCCUGAGGCUCAGCCUCGUGUUCUCAAAAACAGGAUGUGUGGAUGCGGUUCUGUAAAGCAGCCAGGAAGUGCAGAGGAGCCCAGCAGCCUCCCUGUCUCAGAGAAGGAUUCCAGUUCUCAGAUCGAUUUAAGCAUUCAGGUAGCUGAUGAUGACAUUAAUGAGAUAAUUCAAAUAGGUGGAACUGGAGAUACAUCUUCCAAUGAUGAAAUAGGAAAUACAAGAGAUGUAGAUGAGAAUGGAUUGAUAGGGAUUAUUGAUGCAGGAGACCUGAAGGUACCUGAAGAAGAAACUGGCAGUGUAUCAAAUGAAGAUUCAAGUGUGAACAGUAGUGAUAAUGAAGACCCUGAGAUAGACCUUGUGGAAGAAGACCCUUUAAAUUCUGGAGAUGAUGUUAGUGAGCAGGAUGUGCCAGACCUGUUUGACAUGGAUAAUGUAAUUGUCUGUCAGUAUGAUAAGAUUCAUCGAAGCAAGGACAAAUGGAAAUUCUAUCUGAAAGAUGGUGUUAUGUGUUUUGGAGGGAGAGACUAUGUAUUUGCAAAAGCAAUUGGUGAUGCAGAGUGGUAACACUUACGAGCUCAGUACAUCAUAAACAUCAGAGGGACUGUAUCACAUAUUGUUCACUGUAUGGAAUUUAAUAAAAUUAUAAUUCAGAUGCAGAUACAAAUAUACAAUGUUACAUUUCUUUAAUUUCAUAUUUUACACUGUUUAACAGGUUUUUAUUUUUUAACCCUCAUUGUCUGUACCAUUA